AUGUACUUUAAAUUGGAGUCUCCCCAAAAGGAGCAUGUCAUGGAGGACUCUGCCGCAGUCACGACGACUCAAGAUCCCACCUCGACCUCGGAACCAGACUCGAAGCGGCGAAAGCUCGAACUACCCGACCCAGAGCCCGUCGUCAGGCUCGACGGAAAUGGUGAUUUGCUUCUCUUCGUCGGCGCCGCUCGCGUCGGCCAGGCCUCCACUUACCUCGUCUGCUCGAAAGCCCUUUCCCGUUCGUCUCCGGUAAUGCAACAGAUGAUCUCUGGCCAGCUUGCCGAGCCCCGGCCUCUUCAAGGUGAUCAGGGCAACCGGUUCAUCGACCUCCCAGACGAUCAACCGGUCCCGAUGCGGCUUAUGCUGGACAUCAUGCACGGAGACUUCCAAAAGGUGCCCCAGGAGAUGGAGCUCCAAACCCUACAUGCUCUCGUCAUUGUCAUGGACAAGUACGACGCUCUAUCUCUUGCUCGCCCCUGGGUUAAGGCGUGGCUGGCGAGCGUCAGGGGCAGCGGAGACUACACGAGGUUGCUCUCUAUCGCCUGGGCGCUUGGUGAUAUGGGGUUGUUCAGCACGAUGACCUCUCGCAUCGUUGAAACAUGCACCAUCAGCACUGACGGCGGCGACCUGCUCACGAAGUCGAAUAUACCAGCAAACAGACCUUUAGGCAGAAACACAGACCCCGAGCCCCAUUGGGACCUCCUCGUUGAUGCGACCGCGCCCUUGGUCCCAACAAGCGUGAUCGAGAGAAUGGCAGUCAAAAGAGCACACUGGAUCUUGGCAACAAUCAUGCCUUAUAGCAGGCUGUACGACGAGUUGAAGAGAGGCAAUUGCGAAUGCCGCUUCGUUUCCCGCCACUUCCGCAAGACCAUGUCUCCCCGUUGCAGAGCGCUCGCCCUCGGCUCCCUCAUUCAGGGGUUCCUCGACAUGGAGAUCAACAUCACGACGGCGAACCCGACCUGUGCGUACAAGGGCAGCCUUGAGUCGCUGAUGGACCGGAUCGGCAAACUCGAGAUUCUCACGGACCGUAACUGCGAUACGUACAACCACGACGAGUGCGCGCGGAUGCAGGAGGCCGUGAAGCACAAGCGCAUCGCCAGCACGUCGAUGACGCCGCUGACAUGCGUCGAGCCCGACUACAGAACGCACAUCAGAUCCCAGGCUAAGAAGACUGGACUUUCUGGCUAG